AGGUUAUUAUGAGCGUGUCAGUUUAGGCAUCGCUCUCUGUACCUUUCUGCUUCCUAGACAAAUGGAACCGUAAUUUUGAGGUGGCUAACACGGGACUGGGAAGUCCACAUCUGCCGAUCCGUAUGCCAGGAAGGACAGACUCUCGUCAUUGGAGCCCUCUCAGGGUCCUUUCCAAAAGCUUCCCAGGCUACUCUCUCUCCUUCCUCUUCAAUCUUCUGAAAACUAAAACUCGAAACGCGAUGGCAUUCUGUGGAUUGGCUAGUACUAAAAUAUCCAUUGGGUGGCAGUAACACUAUCCUCUUUAUGACUUGCAGCAAACCAGAGAAUGCAUUCAAUCAACUGAACCGAUCUUGUAGAAACACUGGAAUCAUUUAUGCAUUGCAGUUUCUCUUUCUGGCUUUCGCUCCUUCUUGCCUGGGAUAUUCUGAAUGGAUUGUGGCUAUUUAUCAAGAUCUUGUGGUGUUCGUGGUCUGCCUGUCGGUUUCGCUCAGGAUUAGCAUCAUUCAAGGCAAAGGCAAAGCUGCUUCCCCCCCCUCCGCUCUUUUUUAAAAAUCAUUUUUUUGGGGGCUGCCGAAGAGAGCUAGGACCCAGGAGACACCUUCCCAAACAGCAGGGGUUGUGUGCUUUCACAUAGCAGUACUGUACAAGGAAAACCCCGUUGGAUCUGUUAUUGCGGGAUACUUGUGAAAUAUACAUAGGAUUCUUUCUUAUGGCUGCAUCCCGGAUCUGGAAAUUGUACUUGGGGACCAAGAAGAUCUGAAAGGCUACAUGUAUACGAAAUAUUUGCAAGCGAGACUCUGGUUCCUGUCAUAGAGCUCACAGACUUCCUUACUUACUGGCCUUUUCCUUCCUUCCUUCUUUUUUAAAAACAUUUCUUCCCUCUUUUUCUGCUCUCUCCUCUCUCCGUCUCUCCUUUUCUAUCUGCCUCUUCUUUUUUUUCUCCUAGUUUUCCUUUUUUCCCCCCCCUGCUCUUGCACCUGGAUUGUAUCUUCACCAAACAAUCGGGCACUUUGAGAACUAACUGGAGGCAGUCUUGUAGGGAAGAGCUGUAUGGAAUUAUCUGCUUUUAUGGUGAACUUGGCAUUUGUGAAUGGGCAUCUUGUUCACGAUAUUAAUUACUAGCAAAACAAGAAAAAGAACACAGGAGUAAAACGUGGAUUUUUCUGAAUACGCAUUGUGAUGACCAGCAAUUACCUUACCGACUGAUAUCCAGAGGAGAAAAAUUUGGAAGACUGUUGUAGAGCUAUGUAGGUGGUACGGGAGAUGAGUGAUCCCUAUUGGAACAGACUGCAUCAGAAGCUACUUAAACUUCAUCUAUAUUUAGACAGAAAAGGAUAUUAUGGACAAAGCUGGAUAAUCCUUUGAGAGGAAGACGGUUUCCUUGACCACUUUACAGAUGAGAGGAUAGAGGGAACAACCUUUAAGAGCUGAAAGAUGAAAGCUCCGAUUCCACAUUUGAUUCUCUUAUAUGCUACUUUUACUCAGAGUUUGAAAGUUGUGACCAAAAGAGGCUCUGCUGAUGGAUGCACCGAUUGGUCUAUCGAUAUCAAGAAAUAUCAAGUUUUGGUGGGAGAACCUGUUCGAAUCAAGUGUGCACUCUUUUAUGGUUAUAUCAGAGCAAAUUACUCCCUAGCCCAAAGUGCUGGACUCAGUUUGAUGUGGUACAAAAGCUCUGGUCCAGGAGACUUUGAAGAGCCAAUAGCUUUUGAUGGAAGUAGAAUGAGCAAGGAAGAAGACUCCAUUUGGUUCCGGCCAACGUUGCUGCAGGACAGCGGUCUUUACGCCUGUGUCAUCAGAAACUCCACUUAUUGUAUGAAAGUAUCCAUCUCACUGACAGUGGGUGAAAAUGACACUGGACUCUGCUACAAUUCCAAGAUGAAGUACUUUGAUAAAGCUGAACUUAGCAAAAGCAAGGAAAUUUCAUGCCGUGACAUAGAAGAUUUUUUACUACCAACCCGAGAUCCUGAAAUUCUAUGGUAUAAGGAAUGUAGGACAAAAGCAUGGAGGCCAAGCAUUGUAUUCAAAAGAGAUACUCUGCUUUUAAGAGAAGUCAGAGAAGACGACAUUGGAAACUACACCUGUGAAUUAAAGUAUGGAGGCUUUGUUGUGAGAAGAACCACUGAAUUAACUGUUACAGCUCCUCUGACUGACAAGCCACCCAAGCUUCUGUAUCCUGUGGAAAGUAAGCUGACAAUACAGGAGGCUCAGCUGGGUGACUCAGCUAAUCUAACCUGCAGAGCUUUCUUUGGGUACAGUGGAGAUGUCAGUCCUUUAAUUUACUGGAUGAAAGGAGAAAAGUUUAUUGAAGAUCUGGAUGAAAAUCGAGUUUGGGAAAGUGACAUUAGAAUUCUCAAGGAGCAUCUUGGGGAACAGGAAGUUUCCAUCUCAUUAAUUGUGGACUCUGUACAAGAAGGUGACUUGGGAAAUUACUCUUGUUAUGUUGAAAAUGGAAAUGGUCGUCGGCAUGCCAGCAUUCUCCUUCACAAACGGGAGCUGAUGUACACAGUUGAACUUGCUGGAGGGCUUGGUGCUAUCCUCCUGCUGCUUGUUUGUUUGGUGACCAUCUACAAGUGUUACAAAAUAGAAAUCAUGCUCUUCUACAGAAAUCAUUUUGGGGCUGAGGAGCUGGAUGGAGACAAUAAAGAUUAUGAUGCAUACUUGUCUUACACCAAAGUGGAUCCUGACCAGUGGAAUCAAGAGACCGGGGAAGAAGAGCGCUUUGCUCUUGAAAUCCUACCUGAUAUGCUUGAAAAGCACUAUGGAUAUAAGUUGUUUAUACCAGAUAGAGACUUAAUUCCAACUGGAACAUACAUUGAAGAUGUAGCAAGGUGUGUAGAUCAAAGCAAGCGGCUGAUUAUUGUCAUGACCCCAAAUUACGUAGUCAGAAGGGGCUGGAGCAUCUUUGAGCUGGAGACCAGACUUCGAAACAUGCUUGUGACUGGAGAAAUUAAAGUGAUACUAAUCGAAUGCAGUGAACUACGAGGAAUUAUGAACUACCAGGAGGUGGAGGCCCUCAAGCACACCAUCAAGCUCCUGACGGUUAUUAAGUGGCAUGGACCAAAAUGCAACAAGUUGAACUCUAAGUUCUGGAAACGUUUACAAUAUGAAAUGCCUUUUAAGAGGAUAGAACCCAUUACACACGAGCAGGCUUUAGAUGUUAGUGAGCAGGGGCCUUUCGGGGAGCUGCAGACUGUCUCGGCCAUUUCCAUGGCUGCAGCCACCUCCACAGCUCUAGCCACUGCCCAUCCAGAUCUCCGUUCCACCUUUCACAACACGUACCAUUCACAAAUGCGUCAGAAACACUACUACCGAAGCUAUGAGUAUGAUGUACCUCCUACCGGCACCCUGCCUCUUACCUCCAUAGGAAAUCAGCAUACCUAUUGUAACAUCCCUAUGACACUCAUCAAUGGGCAGCGGCCACAGACAAAAUCAAGCAGGGAGCAGAAUCCAGAUGAGGCCCACACAAACAGUGCCAUCCUGCCACUGUUGCCAAGGGAGACCAGUAUAUCCAGUGUGAUUUGGUGACAGAAAAGCAAGGGACACCCAGUCCCUGGGAGCUUGAGUAGAGUCUGCAGUCCAGUGCCUGGAACUAAAUCCUCGACUGCUGCUGUUAAAAAACAUGCAUUACAAUCUCUAGAACACGAGGAAAAACAGGGUCUUGUACAUAUGUUUUUUGCAGUUUCUUUGUAGCAUCAGUGUCUUGCUGUUUUACCAUGUCUCUUACCCAUUACAUUUUUGACUUUGUUUUAUAUGUCACUGGAAUUUGUAAAUUUACAUUUUUUUAAAGAAGAGACUUAUGUAUAGAUAGAAAACCCUUUUUUGCUUCAUUAGUUUAGUUUUAGGAUGGGUUUUAUUUCCUUUUCUCGAUUUUGUUUUGCUUUUAACAUUUCCUUGGGGUGCUUGGACAAAUCCAUUUGAUGGGCCAAGGAGCACCGGAUCCUCUCUCGGGUUCUCCCUAGGAUCAGCAGGGCCACAGGGGCUGUCAGAGAGCAGUGCACCGAAUGCCAGCAUUGUCAUUGGGGGGGAGAUGAGAACACUUGCUCCUAGGAUGGCCCCGCCACUCAGAGCCCUGAAUCUCUUCCUUGCCCACCUCAUUCCCACCUCUACCCUUCUAAUGGCGGCAUGAUGUGUAAACUCCGAGGAAGGGUGCGGGUGGGUCUAACUGUCUUAACAUUUAAUUCACUGCUCGUCAGAAUACACUCCAGACCCAAAAGUGUGCUAGUCACAUGACAGUGACCGCUACAGCGUGCUAAGAAGAGAAGAUCAAGGGCAUGAAGUGGGGGGAAGAGUGUCGUUUCCGUUUUUUAACUGAGUUGAUGUACCCUUAUAUAAAUAUAUAUAUAUAUAAAAACACACAACAAAACAGAAGAAAAAACAAACAAACAAAAAAACACACAAAA